UCUCAGCCUCCUCUUCAUACAAUUUCAACAUUUGCAUCCAAUGCUCAUCAGAUUUUGAUUUUUUUUUUUUUUUUUUUACUUUUAUAAAACUGCUAACUGUUAGUUGACUCAUAGAAUACACAAACCAUUAAUCAGUUACAAAUCAGUUGCAACAGAAAGAUGUUGUGCAGAGGAAACUCGAUAAAAUGCCAAAAGGAAGGAUCAGUUCCAGUAUACCUCAAUGUAUAUGAUCUCACCUCCAUGAACGGUUACGCUUAUUGGCUCGGCCUUGGUGUUUAUCACUCUGGCGUGCAAGUUCAUGGAGUUGAGUACGCGUUCGGAUGUCACGAACAAGAGACGACUGGAAUAUUCGAAGGAGAACCGAAACAAUGUGAAGGAUUUACGUUCAGGAAGCAGAUUCUGAUCGGAUGGACGGAGAAGAAUUUAAAUGAGGUGAGAGGAAUUAUGGAGGAGCUAGCUGAAGAUUACAAAGGAGUUUCAUAUAAUCUCAUUACAAAAAAUUGCAAUCACUUUUGCAAUGAUGUAUGUGUUAGACUCACCAGCAAAUCAAUCCCUAGUUGGAUCAAUCGGCUCGCUAGAAUCGGUUUUUUGUGCAAUUGCAUAAUUCCGGCGAGUAUAAGUUCAACUAAAGUCGGGAUUGAAGAUAACAAAGUGCAUAACGAAGGCGAGACGAGGAAGCUGAGGAGCAUGUCGACGUCGACUUGUAGUUAUUCACCGGAAUCUGAGAAAUCGUCUUCGGUGACAUCGACUGGUGAAACUAGAAGUCAUAGAAUGACAACUUCUCUUCCUCCACCUUCACCUUUGAGUCUAGAUUCUUCUAAAUCAUAACAUGCUAUGAUGUUUAUGUAAUCCAACUUUGAUUUUUUUUUUUUUUUUUGGGUUUUAAUUGAUUUAUGUAAUCAUGAUGUCGUGUUUUGUGAAAUCUGGCGAUGGUGGGAUAUGGAUGUGUCUCCUUUUGCUUAUCAAAGAAGGGUUACGUAAUUAUAAUCCUCUGCUGCAACUGUUUCACCUAACAAGAGUUGAACCUUCAAUACAUUUACGAUUUGUUGAUUCCUAAAAUAAAACUUAUGUAUUGUGUUA